CGUUUGAAACAAAAAUUUGAACCCUACCCUCAACUACAAUGAAUCAGCAAAUGAGUCAUGUCACGUGUUAAACACAAACCUCUUGCGCAGAGUCGCGGACUAUCUUUCAUAAUGGCGGGGUCUCAGAAAAGGAACAUGAAUUUGUCUGAAGAACAACGUGAAGAUCUUUCAGUUCACUUUAACACACUCGACAAAGAUGGUAAUGGCUACCUUGACUUGAGCGAACUAAAGAGAGCGUUAGACAUUGUUGGUUUUAAGAUCCCCCAGUGGCAAGUAAGACAAAUGAUUGAUGAACUAUGCAGAAGAAAUUUCAACAAAGAAAAGGGACAGUUAAGUUUUGAAGAAUUUCAAAAGUUGUACACAGAUCUUAAGUCCAAAGAUGUUACAAGCCAGUUCAAAACGGCUGUUUCUAAACGUGAAAAUCUACAGACUCUUGGUGGAAUGUCGGAGGCCUCUAGUGAGGGGACUACACAUUCAGUUCGGCAUGAAGAACAAGUGGCCUUUUCUAACUGGAUAAACAGCAACCUGGGGGCAGACCUGGAUCUACAGUAUUUACUGCCAAUUGACACAGAAGGACGAAUGUUAUAUGACAGGGUCAAAGAUGGUGUCCUGUUAUGCAAGGUUAUAAAUCACUCUUGUCCUGAAACAAUUGAUGAAAGAGCCAUAAAUAAAAAGAACCUCACUGUUUACACAAAACAUGAGAACCUGACCUUGGCUCUGAACUCUGCCCAAGCCAUUGGGUGUAACAUCAUCAAUAUUGAUGCUCAUGACCUUGCUAAAGGCAAACCCCACCUGGUGUUGGGACUCUUGUGGCAGAUAAUUCGGAUUGGUCUAUUUAAUCAGAUUACUCUAGAGCAUUGCCCUGGACUAGUACAAUUACUCUUCCCUGGUGAGGAAAUGGCUGACCUUCUCAAGCUGUCGCCAGAAAAUAUUCUCAUCCGAUGGGUGAACUAUCAUCUAGAGAGGGCAGGUGUAAAUAGAAGGCUUACAAAUUUUACAUCCGAUGUGAAGGAUUCGGAGAUCUAUACACAUCUUUUAUACCAAAUAUCUCCUUAUGAAGCUGGAGUUACAAUGGAAGCUCUUCAAGAACCAAAUCUGGUGAGCCGGGCAGAAAUCAUGCUGCAGCAAGCUGAUAAGAUAGGUUGUCGUAGUUUUCUCUCUCCCAAUGAUGUUGUUGAAGGUGUUUACAAAUUAAAUGUGGCCUUUGUUGCUAACUUGUUUAACAAUCAUCCAGCACUCGACAAACCAGAAUUGCCUUUAGAAUUGGAGAAUUUGGAAGAAACUAGGGAAGAAAAAACAUAUCGCAACUGGAUGAAUAGCAUGGGUGUCAACCCACACGUGAACUGGCUCUACAGUGACUUAGCUGAUGGGCUAGUUAUAUUUCAGUUGUUUGACAUCAUUAAACCUGGUGUAGUAAGUUGGAAUAAAGUGCACAGGAUGUUCAGUAAAUUGAAAGCAUUCAUGGAGAAACUUGAAAAUUGUAACUAUGCUGUUAAUCUUGGUAAACAGCUUAAGUUUUCCCUUGUUGGGAUUGAUGGAAAUGAUAUUUCUGAAGGAAACCCAACCCUAACACUUGCUCUUGUGUGGCAGUUAAUGAGGGCCUAUACUUUGAGUAUACUGACUCAGCUGGCUGGGACAGGCAAUCCAAUUGUGGAAACUCAGAUUGUGGAGUGGGUAAACAUGAAGUUACAAGAUGCUGGUAAAUCCACUAGUAUCAGGAGCUUUCAGGACUCUGCAAUUUCUAAUGCUAUACCCGUCAUUGAUCUUAUUGACGCCAUUCAACCAGGCUCAAUCAAUUAUGGUAUGGUCUUGCCUGGUAGUGAUGAUGAUGAGAAAAUGGCAAAUGCCAAAUAUGCCAUUUCUGUUGCUCGUAAAAUUGGUGCUCGUAUUUAUGUCUUACCCGAAGAUAUUGUUCAGGUCAAACCCAAGAUGGUAAUGACGGUAUUUGCGUGCCUUAUGGGUCGUGACUACAUUCCAAAUAUUGGAGUGAAAAAUCAGAACCACAGUGAAUGAAAUAUCUUAAAACAAAUGUAUGCCAGGUUGUAACUACGACGUUUUCUACUUGUUUGUGUAAUGAAAGUCAUACAGUUGUUAGCUUUGUGUUCAUUUAUAGGAAAAAUAAGAUAGUGCUGGACACAUUUUCUUUAAUUUUGAUUGAGUACACUCAUUAGCAAGCAAUAAACUUUUGUCAGUGACUUGAAUGUUUUGUAGACACAUAUAUUGAUAAAUUUGUUUUCUGAACACAAUGUUUAGGGCCAUAUUACUUGGUAUUCAUAGGAUCUUUGUUUAUUAUUAAAAAUACUAGUCUAAAAUGUAUAAUUUCUACACUUCAAAGUAUUUUUCAACCACUUCUUAGCUUCAAAAAAAUUUCUCUUCAGUCCAAAAAUUAUUAUUGCUGUUGUAUUUAUCUAUCUUUUUUUGUUAAUUAUAUAAAUAGUCUAUUUUUGUGUGCUUACUUGUAUCGAGAUAUGUUUUAAUGUUAGUGUAGUUAUCACUACCUGUAUCAUAAAUUUACUUAUCCAUAUUAGUUAAAAUAUUUAAAAAACAAAACAAUCUUUAUCAUGGAUUAUACAAAAGGCUUCCUUAUAAUUAUAAUCUACUAUUAUAUAUUAAGUUUUUGCAACUUAUCAAACCAAUUGUUAUAUGAACACUACUCACAUUUAUCUUCUUGUAGCUUUAUAAAACUCAGUUGGCAAUGUAUGUGAAAUAACUUGUGAUGACUGUUUUGUUUAUGUAGUCAAAGCUCUGAACACAUUUUAUGCUUAGCUUCUUUUAAUUUUACUAUAAUCAAACUUAUCAUCUUCCAAAUAAUGAUGAUUAAUGUAUAAACAUAUUAUUCCAUGAUGUUUUUGUCUUCCAUUGAAGUUCGUACAAACUAUUUAUAACUUUAUGUAUGAAUUAAACAUUUCAUUGAUAUUGUGGAUUUCAAAAAUGUGUAACUCAAUAAUGCUAUUACAGCUUGGAAUCUAAUGUAUGCAUUUUCAUAUAGGAAACAACAGGAAAUUGUGUGACAACAAUGGUGAAUCAAUGAAUAUAUAUAAAAUAAUAAUUUGUUUUAUUACUUAUACAAAUAUAACCAUGCAUCUGGUACAUUUUA